UGAAAUGGGCAACAAUCUCUGAUUCUCAUCAUGAGGGCUAGGCAAGAGAAGAGGCGAUCUUGAUUCUAUAUCAUCUAAAAGUAGAGCACUAUACGAGUCAUUUGGGAGCUCCGAAAAUGAUGCACCAUAUUUUCAUGGGUACCAAGGAAGACCUGGAAGAUCUGAUAGUUCGAAGUAUACACCUCCGGAGUCAAGUAUCAUGAAUAACAAAUACUUCCACCCGAUCAGCACAAAUAGAGAGCUUUCAAAACUCUUGAAUUUACAUACACUUCCUGUUUUGAACAAUAAUAAGUUUUAUCGAGAGAAGAUUUCAGAAUAUACAGAGAAAUUGAAGAUAAAUAAUACUGAAAAGGAGAAAUAUAGUAAGCUGUACCGAAAAAUUAAAGAGCCUCAAGAAGGUAAAGAGUCUGGACCUCACGACUACGAAGCUAUUGAAGAAGACAAAUCUGCUACUCUUGUUAUAGAAGUGAUAUCAGCAUGGAACAAGAACCACAAUAAAGUGAAACCUAAAUAUACUCCAGUUGUUGAGAUCAUGAAGUUAACCAAUGAUAUCGAUAAGCCAGAUGACAUCUUUAAAUUUAACUCUAAGGAUUAUAUUGAAGAAAAUGGACAGUAUGUUUGGAGCAAGAUAUGAAAGAUGAAGUUUGAUCAGAACUCUAGCAACUCAAAUAAAAAUAUCAAAAUCUCUUUCUACAGGAAGGAAAGUGGAUUUUCCAAAACUCAGAUAGGUAGUUCUCAUACUAUCUCUGUACUUUCAGCACUCAAAAACCAAGAUGUGAACUACAGAACAUUUGAAUUUGGUGUUGAUGAUCAGCAAUGGAAUGUUUUUACAAGAAUACAAUACAUUUAUAACAAAGAAGCUCUCUACAAACAGAUCUUACUCAGAUUAGAAGAAAGAGGAGAAAUGCUUAAAGAGGUAAUUGAUAGAUACAAGGAGCAAAGAGAGAAAAAGAAUCUUGGUAUGAGAUAUACCUUCAAAAGGCACUUGAGCAACUCUAAUUUAGAUUCAAACAUGAGUAGGUACUCAAGCAAGAAAUUGAGCUCUAAAAGUCCUUCUCACUAUGCAGGGUAUUAUAGCAGUACUAAAUCUCUUAGCAAUGAUAGGAGCUUAAAUACCAUCACUGGGUAAUGAGAUAGAGGAAUUCAAGCUUAUAUUAAACAAUU